GCUACCUCAACAGUUCACUGAGGAGCCUCUCCUGUGUUUACCUGCUUGUGCAGCUUCCUGAGAAAAUACCCUAACAUAAAGGAAAAUGGCUUUGAGUGAUUUGUUCCUCCGUGGAAAUCCUGAAAAAAGGGAGAAGAUUAUCCGCAGAAGUCAAGAGCUUAUUGAUCUGAUGAAAGACAACUUCGAAGCCACCAACAGUCUCACUGAGAUUGUCAAUAAGCACUUGCAUUCAUCCUUCAGCCCGAUCACCCUGAACGAGAAAGCCACUGUCAAGGAGAACUGUGAUGUGAUGAUUGAACGUGUGAAUCAGAUUCUAGCAAAUGUUGAGGAGGUUGACGAGAAGAUGAAGAAGAAGCUGGGACCUACCUUGUAUGAGAAACUACAACAUAUGUCUCUCAAAGACUUCAACAAAAUUCCAGCUGUUGAUAAAGCUGCUAUUACAUUAGUUUGCCAGAUUUCAGCCGGAGUUUUAGUGGCGUAUCUAAUUAAAAAAAAAAUUAUUUUGAAAACCGUAACAUCUAUAUAUUGUAAAAUUGCAAGUGGGAUAUGUGCCUCCAUUGUGAUUGGGUUGGCAGUUGAUGUGAUUGUUUCAGCCAUUGUAGGGUAUAUUGAGCAACGUAAACUCGACACGGCUCUGGCAGAGUACGACCAGGCUUUGGCAGUAUUCAGGCCAGCAUCUAAAGAAUACCAGAAGGCCAUAUACAAAGUCACGGUUAUGCUUGAAUUCUUGGAGUGAAUUCACUUCCACAUUUAUAUCUGACCUUAAACUUUAGCAAGUCAUAGGUUGCUGUUUUAUCUAUAUUAAUCUUUCCAGUUACAGAAUACCCAUUUCUUUCAGUCUGACACAAAUAUUUGCUGUAAUUUGCUAAAUGUAUA